AUGGAUUCCGUCGUACUCCACAGUGUGAGUGCGUCAUCAGCGGCGUCAUCGUCGUCGUCGUCGUCGUCAAUGGCGAAGCGUCCAUGUCCGUCGCAAAACCCUAGAGUGGACAACCUGAGCGAUGUGGAGCGUCUUCUGGAUGCGUUUCUCUCCCUCUCCGACCUCCCUUCUCUCUCCCUCGAUCUCUCUUUCGAGAGGCUUCUCCAAUCGGUCCCCUCCGACUCCGAUCUCAUCGAUCGCGCCCUCAAAAUGGGUUCUCUCCUCCUCGAUGCCGCCAAACACUCUUCCCGGAAACGCGCUUCCAACCACAAUUCACUCGCCUGGCCCCUUCCUCCCGACCUCACCAUCAAGGUGUUUUCAAUGCUUGAUACCCAGAGCCUGUGCCAUGCAUCAGCUACAUGUUCACUGUUUAGCAAAUGUGCUAAAGAUCCUUUGUGCUAUGCAAAUCUUGAUUUGACCACACUUGUUCCGAAGGUUAACAAUGCAGUAGUUGCCACGAUGAUUCAGAGAGCUGGAAAGGCACUAAGGUCUCUUAAGCUUGGUGUUGUCCCUGGUGCUACUACUUCACUUGGGUCUUGUCCACCAUUUGUUUGUACCAUCAGAAAUGCUAUUGUAGACGUAUCUAACUUUUCAUGGAAUGAUAAGAGAUCUCGACAAGGGAGGGAGUCAUCCAUUCUCACAAGAUGCUGUUUAAGCCCUUUAAGUGGGGAUUGCGGUGCUCCAGGGGCUCUUUUGAGAAAGUUGCACCUGUACAAUAUUGAGAGAAUGGAUAAUGCAUCCCUUGGUGCAGCAUUGUCAGCAUGCCCAUCUCUCCUUGAUUUGGAAAUUGUUGGGCUCCAUGUCGAGCUGAGGCAGACACUAAUGUCAGUAAGUGCAAACUGCCACUUGAUAGAGCGUUUGUUUUUUGAGUCUUCUAAAACAGGUAGAGAUGACAGCUUGAAAGCACAAACCUGUUUUGAGCUAGUAAACAAUUGUCCUCAUCUAACAUCUUUAUCUCUUAGAGGGUUUAAGCUACAUGAUUGCAAAGUUCGUGUACUGGUUAAGGGAUUUAGGAAACUGAAAUAUGUUGACUUUUCAACAUCCUAUUCAAUCACUGGUAACUUCUUGAGAAACCUUGGAAGCUGCAAUGGGGGGAAUCUACUUGAGGUCUUAAUUUUAAGGGAUUGCAUGCAUCUCAAAGAGAUGGAAGUCGCAAGGCUGUUGACUGCAAUUCUUGCUGGAGAUUUCAAAUUUCUUGUACAUCUUGACAUAUCCAAUAGGGAAGGUUUAGCAUCUGAGGCUGACUGGUAUCACAGGUGCUACAACUCUAGUAUUAUGCCUAUAAAACAGGUUUUGGAAGCGAGGCCUGAUAUGUGUCUGGUGGCUGAAUAUCCAUCAGCAGAAGGAAGUUAUAUGGAGACAUUUGAUGCUGAUAUGAAUAGUGAGAUAAGUCUGCCCUCACAAUUGAGCAGCCACACGUCAGAUGGGUCAAUUUUUAUGAGUACAUCUGAAAGUAGCUACAAUAGUGAUCAGGGAAGUGGCAAUGAGGAUGGUCAAGAUGCCAACUACGUGAUAUACGAAGAAAGCUCAGAUGAGACUGACUUUUUGUCCCUCUAG